AUGACCACCCAUACUCAUCCGUUGCAAGCAAUCGGCCAAGCCGUCGGCGCUGUGGGCGGCGAUCCGCGCCCUAUGCAGCUCGCGUCGCUAUUCCAGGGCGCCAACGAUGGUCCCGCAAAGGUCGCGGCUAAAUUGACCGGCGUUCAGGGUCCUGGGAAGCGGGCUGAUGAUGGUCCGUACUUUACCAACAACGAGGCUAUCCCAUUCCCCGACCCGGCUCAUAGUAAGACGGCGGGCGGGCUGCCUUUGGCCUCCGAUACGUUCCUCUUCCAGAAGCAGCAGCAUUUCAAUCGCUCCAAGAACCUUGAGCGCAUGGUUCACCCUUGUGGUAGUGGCGCAUUUGGACACUUCGAGGUCACCAAGGACGUAUCUUCGUUGACAAAGGCACACUUCCUUCGAUCACCUGGAAUCAAAGCCCCUGUCUUCGUCCGGUUCUCAACGGUAACUCUCGGUCGAGAGUUCCCAGACCUGGCUCGUAACCCCCGUGGGUUCGCCAUCAAGUUCUAUACUGGCGAGGGUAACUAUGAUAUCGUGGGACUGAACUUUGUAAGACCCCUCGCUAGCAUCAAAGCCAAUCACUAA